UGCAAUAUAAUAGAAUUCACUAGCAAAACCUUCGUUCCAAAUGAAUCACAAUCUCCACUAACUUUAACAUGGUAACUUUAUUACGUUAUUUCUCUUUGUUCUGGGCAUUGUUUUUCUUGCUCCUCGGAUCCUCUAUGUCGGGUCGGAUCAGUCCGGGUUCGAGAUUGUUAGCGGGUCAGGGUCAAACAUGGGUUUCAGACAAUGGCACUUUCGCUUUCGGGUUCGCCCCGACAGAUUCAAGAAACGAGCAGUUUCAGUUGGGAAUUUGGUUUGCACAACUUCCUGGUGAUCGAACCCUUGUUUGGUCAGCUGAUAUUCAGCAAAGAUGCAAUCUUGGACUUCAACGCCGACGGCAACCUUGUCCUUACCCAUCGAGGCAGUACAGUCUGGACAUCAAAUACUUCAAGAGUCGAAACAGCCCUCCUCUCAGAAACCGGCAACUUCCUCCUCUACGGCCCAGAUCAACUCAUCGUGUGGCAGAGCUUCUCCCAUCCGUCCGAUACACUUCUACCCGGACAACCCCUGACCGUCGAUCUCGAGCUCAAAUCCACGUCAUCACCUUCACACGGAGGAUAUUACACCCUGAAAAUGCUGCAGCAGCCCACUUCACUGAGCCUCGCCCUCACCUACAAUUCCCCCCAAUCUCUCACAAACUUCUCCUAUUGGUCCGGCCCAGACAUAUCCAACAUAACAGGACACGUGUCAGCAGUCGUCGACCAGGAGGGUAGUUUCGGAAUUGUGUACGGAUCCUCCUCCGACGGAGUAGUGUACAAGAACGACAACGACAGUAAUGGACUAUCAUUCUCGCCCACAAACAGAACAAACAACACGCCGCCGUCAAUUCUCCGCCGACUCGUUCUCGAGACCAACGGGAAUCUCCGUUUGUAUCGUUGGGACAACGACGUAAACGGGUCCCGCCAGUGGGUCCCGGAGUGGGCCGCCAUUUCCAAACCAUGCGACAUCGCUGGAAUUUGCGGCAGCGGGAUAUGCAAUUUGGACAGGAGUAAGACCAAUGCAUCCUGCACCGAUAUCUUGCCACCCGGAAAUAAUAACAACAACAACAACAAUAAUAAUAAUAACUAUUCAUCAUCUCUAAAUAAAAAAAAAUGCGGCCCUCAAUUCAAGAUUACGACGGUUCAACAAACGAAUUACUACUUCUCCGAUGCGUCGGUGAUAUUAAACUACAGCGAUAUAGAGACGGUCUCAAAGUGUGGCGACGCUUGCUUGUCAGAUUGCGAGUGUGUCGCAUCGGUGUACGGGCUUGACGAAGAAAAGGCGUAUUGUUGGGUCUUAAGGAACAUGGAGUUCGGCGGGUACGAGGAUGUGGGGUCCACCUUAUUUGUUAAGGUUGUCUCGAAUGGUUCGGUGGCCGGAGGCUCUUCUAAUGGAUCUCUGAGUAGUAGUAAGGGAAAGUUUUUGGUGAUUCCAAUUGUUCUGAGCAUGAUUGUACUAAUAGCCCUGCUUUUUUGCUUGCUAUAUUUCAACGUCCGUCGAAAGAGAAUUUUACGGGAAGCAAUUGAGAAGUCGUUAAUUGUAUCCGGAGCUCCGGUUAGUUUCAGCUACCGUGAUUUACAGUAUAGGACUAGUAACUUCUCUCAAUUACUAGGAACAGGUGGAUUCGGAAGUGUGUACAAGGGAAGCCUGAGCGAUGGAACCUCAAUCGCUGUGAAAAAGCUCGACAAGGUUUUGCCACAUGGGGAAAAAGAGUUUAUUACAGAGGUCAACACUAUUGGCUCCAUGCAUCACAUGAACUUAGUCCGUCUUUGCGGGUACUGCUCCGAGGGUUCGCAGAGGCUCCUAGUGUACGAGUUCAUGAAAAACGGGUCGUUGGACAAAUGGAUAUUCGCUUCAAGCAAUACAUUCCGAGAUUCCGAAGACAGAAUACUCGAUUGGUCGACACGUUUCAACGUAGCAGUUGGUACAGCAAAAGGGAUUGCGUAUUUCCACGAGCAGUGUCGGAAUAGGGUGAUACACUGCGAUAUAAAGCCGGAGAAUAUUCUCUUGGACGAGAAUUUCUGCCCCAAGGUAUCGGAUUUUGGGCUGGCUAAACUGAUGGGCAGAGAGGCGUCGCGCGUGGUCACUAUGGUGAGAGGGACGAGGGGCUAUCUGGCACCCGAGUGGGUUAGUAACCGUCCGAUAACCGUGAAAGCUGACGUGUACAGUUAUGGGAUGCUCCUAUUGGAGAUAAUUGGUGGGAGGAGAAAUCUUGACAUGACUUGUGAUGCAGAGGAUUUCUUUUUCCCCGGAUGGGCUUUCAAGGAAAUGACAAAUGGGACAGCUACAAAAGUUGCAGACAGAAGAAUGGAAGGAUCGGUGGAAGCAGACGAGGUUGUAAGAGGUUUAAAAGUUGCGUUUUGGUGCAUACAAGAUGAGAUUGCGGUGAGGCCUACGAUGGGCGAAGUUGUGAAGAUGUUAGAAGGAUCGGUCGAUAUUAAUAUGCCUCCAAUGCCACAAGCUGUUUUGGAGUUAAUAGAAGAAGGGCUAGAUAAUGUGUACAAAGCUAUGAAGAGCGAUUUUAACCAUUCUACUUCUUUUACCACAAUUAGUCGUCAACCGUCGUCGUCUCGUGCAACUUGUAGUUAUUCCUCGAUGUCCCCGAGAUAAAAUAAACAAUGCGAAUUUUUUUUUUCGAUUUUUAAUUGUAAGAGAUGAUAUAUCAUACACAGUACCAAGACAAA